CAGAUUCCUAGGUCGUAGACUCCAACAUGAACGGCCAGGAAGCUUUCCGGAGGCUCUCUCAGCAGCUUCAGAAGGCUAGUAAAAAUGCCGGAGGUGGAGGCGGUCUGCCUGGAGGGAAGCGAUUCUUCGCCGGUAGCGGUCUGCUCAUUGCACUCGUCGGCGGGGGUCUCGUGCUUAAUGCGAGUUUGUUCAACGUUGAUGGCGGUCACCGAGCCAUCAAAUACACCAGGCUGCACGGAGUGUCAGAGAAAGUGUACCCUGAAGGUACACACUUAAUGAUGCCGUGGUUCGAGACUCCCAUCAUCUAUGAUAUCCGCGCGAAGCCUCGCAACAUUGCCAGCCUUACUGGCACAAAAGACCUUCAGAUGGUGAACAUCACUUGCCGUGUUCUGUCAAGACCAAGCACUACGGCGCUUCCCACAAUAUACCGCGAGCUCGGCACCGACUACGACGAGCGGGUGCUCCCUUCGAUCGUCAACGAGGUCCUGAAGAGUGUUGUCGCUCAGUUUAACGCGAGCCAGCUGAUAACCCAGCGUGAAAUGGUGUCUCGCCUUGUCCGCGAGAAUUUGACGGCUCGUGCUUCGCGCUUCAACAUUGUUCUUGAAGAUGUCUCGAUUACGCAUGUCGCCUUUUCUCCUGAAUUCACUCAUGCCGUUGAGGCCAAGCAGGUCGCACAGCAAACUGCCUUUCGGGCAGCGUUCUUAGUCGACCAAGCCAUUCAGGAGAAGCAGUCGAUUAUUGUUCGUGCGCAGGGAGAGGCUCGGAGCGCCGAGCUUAUCGGGGAAGCGAUACGGGCGAAUAAAGGCUUCUUGGAGCUGCGUCGGUUGGAGGCUGCCCGCGAUAUUGCCACUCUUCUAGCAACGUCAGGCAACCGUGUCAUGCUGGACUCGCAGACUUUGUUGCUUAACGUUGCCGGUGAUGACGCAAAAACGCUCCUGCAGUCAGCUAAGAAGUAAAAUUCUCGCGUAUUCUCUACUUGUUAUGUUGUCCGCCCUGUUCUUUAUCAGCUUCAGAACGCUAUCUGUUCAUUUGCUUUGGCCGUGGAGUCUCAUGCCGCACAAGCGAGGACGUCUUGCGCAGGCUUAUUCGCUUCCUUUGCUGAUCGCCUACAACUCUCGUGUAUUUCUCUACAUCCUUCGCCUUGGAUUUGUCGUGCAACUAUGUCUCAGAACAAGCGAAACAGAGCCUAUAGCUCGCAUACUGGCACUCUGGACCAAGGUGACAGUACAGAACAUUCCUCUGAACGUGAACCCAAGCGUGUGCGAUGGGAUAGCGAGGACGUGGAGAGACUCUCUACUGAAGAGGAUGACCAAGAAGGAGCCGACAGUAACAACUCAGAACCUGGAAAGUUAUAUCUCGCUGUGAACGCUCAGUUUGGACGAGUUGGUGGAGCAUAUUAUGAUCCGACAACCUGCACCAUCUAUGUAUUAGACGACAGCCAGGAAACCGGACACUACGACCUGACCAAAAUGCUGCUGGACCAAGCACAGCCAGACGUCGUCUUGACUAGCUCGAAGGGCGAGGACAGCUGCAUGGAUAUCCUCCAUAGUUAUAUGGAUGGUACUGGCGGCAGUUUUCAAGUGCGACCUCACAAAGACUUCAUUCCGGCCAAAGGCCGGGACCGCAUACUCUCCCUACGCUUGCUCUCAGAGCUACCCGAAGACAGACACAUAGUAGAAGGUCUCCCCAGCAGCAGCUCUGAAGACGAACCAAGGAGUGCGUAUGACUUCAUGCGAAGACGAAAAGAGACAACUGGCGAUCCCAACCUGCAAAAAUGGAAUGCUUGCAUUAGGUUAGCGAAUUAUGCUUCUAUCGAGGGCUCACCUCUCUGCUUGGGCUCUGUCGGUGCGCUACUCGAUCAUCUCAGUAAAGUUCGCGUCAUAGGCGAGCUGCACGACGAAGGCAUCUCGGGUCUUGACAUACGGGCCAUCCAAUAUCUCGCGUUUCGCGACGUCAUGCAGAUCAACGCAGACGCCCUGUACUCGCUACAAGUAUUCGACAACGAGAGUCAUGCCUCUAUCCACUCCGAUAAGACAAAGGAGGGCUUGUCUUUAUUCGGUAUCCUAGACUACACCAAGACGUCUCUCGGCAAAGCGCUUCUCCGGCAGUGGCUGCUCCGACCCUCGCUUUCCAGGGAUGUCAUUGUAGCGCGUCAUGACGCAGUGGCAUGCUUCAUACGCCCAGAAAAUGCCACUACCAUAGAGUCUAUGCAUGUCCACAUGAAGGGCAUCAAGAAUGUGCCGAAGAUCCUGGCCGUUAUCAAGUCUGGCAGGGCGAAGGUCUCCGACUGGCAGAGUCUUGUGAAGUUCGCGUUCCAUUCCGUUAUGUUGCAUGAAGCCCUGUCCGAACUGGACUAUUCUGGACGAGUAGAGAUAGUUAGGAAGCUUUGCAAAGUACUCGAUGUCGCUGGCAUAAGAUAUGUCGGGAAUGUAGUGAACGAAACGAUCGACUGGGAGGAGUCCAGAAACGCUGCACGCGUCUGCGUUCGUCCGCACAUUGACGAAGACCUGGACAAACUCAAGCACAUCUACCAUGGCAUUGAUACCGUCCUCUCCAAAGUUGCAGAGCGGGUAUCCGCCACUGUACCUAUCGACUAUGCGACUACUUUGAACGUGGUCUACUUCCCACAGCUAGGGUUUCUGAUAUGCGUUCCGAUGCAGGACGACUGGAGAGAGAAUGGUGUAGAUGUGAUGGAAGGCUGGAGCUUUCAAUUCUCUUCCGACGUUCAGGUUUACUUCAAGUCCCAAGAAAUGCAUGACCUUGAUCGGCACAUCGGAGAUAUACACUCGUCUAUAGUUGAUCGCGAGAUAGAGAUAGUGCAAGAGCUGCUGGAGCGCGUUAUCAAGUAUGAACAGGAAAUGACCGCGGCGUGCGACAUGUUCGCAGAGCUAGAUUGUUUGCUUUCCUUCGCUGAAGCUUCCAGAGCUCUGGAUUUUCAUCAGCCAGAGCUAUCAGACGAGAACGUCAUCAUCAUCAAGCAGGGCAGGCAUCCUCUUCAAGAGAUGGUCGUCGACACCUUCGUACCGAAUGAUACGUUCUUGAUAGGGUCUGACUGUUCGCCGGAGGUAGCGGAGGCACUUAGCGAAGAACACGAUCUUGAUGACUCUGUUAAAGGGUGCAAGAACAGCGUGAUGAUAUCUACAGGCGCGAAUGCCUGCGGUAAAAGCGUGUAUCUCAAGCAGGUGGCGUUGAUUCAGUACAUGGCACAGAUAGGAUGCUUUAUCCCGGCACAGUCUGCCAUACUAGGAAUUACAGAUAGAAUCUUUACGCGCAUCCAGACGCGAGAGUCAGUUUCGCGAGUGCAAUCCGCCUUCAUGAUAGACUUGAAUCAAGUUUCCUUGGCCCUGCGCGACUCUACUGAACGUUCACUCAUUCUACUCGACGAAUUUGGCAAGGGUACGGUGUCAUCUGACGGGGCAGCUUUAUUCUGUGGUGUGCUCAAGCACUUGAUCAACCGCGGCUCAUCCUGCCCGAAAGUCAUUGCGGCUACACACUUCCAUGAAGUGUUCCAGGAGGGCAUGCUAGAUCCUGGCGAGCUCCCAGUUACUUUCGUUCAUAUGCAGGUCUUGCUGACUUCAAGCCGAGGCGAGGUGCUGGGUAUCAGCACGUCAGAGGCCUCAACUGAAAGCGGGGCCACUGAGGAUGAUGAUAUGCGAGAGGGAAAUGCCAUGCGUCCAAGCGAACGAAUAACAUAUCUAUACAAGAUUGGCAGAGGCCUUAGCAAACACUCCCAUGCUGCAGUCUGCGCAGAAUUAUUCGGUAUCCCUCGACCAAUCGCCCGCAGGGCUCAGUAUGUCAGCUAUCUAUUAUCCAAGAACGAGCUCGGAACGCUCCUCGACGAAGAGAUGACCGAGGAUGAAAGGCUCGAGCUACAGCUAGCAGAGGAGAUUUGUCGACGAUUCUUGGCUUGUGACCUGGAAGCCGAGCGGGAGCUCGGAACGAGGCAACUACUAGCGCAAAUUCUUGGUCGGGAAGAGACGAUAGAGAACGAUGGAAUGGACUGAGAGGC